ACUAUUUGCUUUUCUGGGGUUAUGCCUGUAUUCUUUUGCCACUCUAUUAUUCAAGUAAUAGUAACCAGAUGCAGAUUCUUCAGUCUCUGUGCUUUCUUCUUCUGUUUGAGUUCAACAAAGGGCUUAUAGUCAUGUUAGCAGGCAAUGAUUUAGCACUUCAUAUUAGACUGGGAUUAACCAUCCUAUUUGCAUGUGUGCCCAUGACUAUAAUAAUGCAGUUCUAAAAUUAGAACCUUUCCCCCACCUUCCUUUUGUGCACACAUAUUUUACUCAGGCCUUUUAUGUUAGUGAUUUUAACUAGGUAUACACAUUUGCUUCCUUCACUGCAAAGAUGUAACUUUCGAUACCUGUAACAGGCACCAAUAAGAAACUUUCUGAGGGAGCUGCCAGAAGCCUACCCUAUCUAAUCAUCUUCCCAACAAAUGUCUAGAUGUUUCUGAUUAUUUUGGAGGAAACUGUUCUUUUGUUAACAAAUGAUAAUUAGGUAUGGAUUCUCUGUAGAAAAAGAAAACAAAGUAUAAAUAUUUCCAUCAGCCCUCUGGGAUUCACUAUGACAUUCUUCAGGCAGCAAAUGGACUCCUAUGAAUCUCUUGGAAUUUUCUCAUCAUUCAAAGUAAAUUUAGUACUGGUAUCCCUUAGUCAUAGUGGUAGGCAAUUGUGAAUGUAAUAGCAAAGCAAGUCAUGCAAGUGCUUUCAUGCUUCUCUCUUCUUCAGCUUUGCUGGAGGUGAUAGAACAACACAGAUUUCUGGAACUUUUCCAUGCAGCCUGGCUCCUGUUCCGUGUGAAUUGAGAACGGCAUCUUGGACCACAUGGUUCUGUUAGCAAGAAGAGUUGGGAACAUUUUUCACCUGCUUAAAGAUCAUGGCAUUUGACACAAAAAUUGGCCUGAUUCUGCAAGUGCAAUGUGUGAUUGUUUUAUAUUGGCACCAAGCAAUUAAAAAAAAGGACAUUAUUUUAAGCCUAGUAGUAUGCUGUAACACAGAAAUAAAACCUUCAACCCCAUUAGAUGGUGGUUAGAGAGUGUCCUACUGCAGAUCCCCCCCCCCACUGUCACAAGCGGGAGCAAGUUCAGUUGUAUUGUACCGUCUGGAUGGCAGUAGUCCAAAUCAUCAAGGACUCCUUCUGUGGUGCUAUCACUGUGUUAAGUUUGGAUAGUGGGUGGCUGAGCAGUCAGAAACCAAGACAAAGACAGUCCAUCCUCUCACAGAGAAGCUUUACUGGAUCCUUAUACAACUAUGCAUAUCGCUCAACCAUGUGUAGGUAUCAUUUGAGUCUUGGUAUCCUGGGAAUGACAUAUUUCAGGACCUUCAGCUUUUCUUUGUUCCAAAUCUUGCCAAGUUCUCAGUUCUGAUCUCCUUUUAUACUUCUGCAGUUUUUUAAGAUGGGUAAGACCUCUGCUUACUUCUGUGGUUGCCCUUCCUCCCUGAGAUGUCAAAUUCCUUUCUUUACCUCAUUGUGGGUUGUACUUCUUGUUCUACCUACCUGCUGAAAAGACCAAGCAAUUAUGACAAAGAUUUUACAAAAUAGUUACAAUUUUAGAAAAGUCUAUAUUGAUACCUUGAAAAAAUAUUAGAACAAACAGUGCUUUCUACCUUAUCAAGGUUUAUUGCAUCUGUAGGCAAUUCCUUUCUCUCCUUUUCUUGAAGAUCAUGUAUGAAAAGUAAGAUAUGGCCGUGGGACCAUAAUGAGGGUAUGCGCAAGAAACACAUAUGCCGGGGUGAAUGGAAGUAUAAGGUUUGGAUUUUGUGCCAGAAUUUCCAUUUGGUGUUAUUUAAAACUGCAGAUCAGGGCUAGACUAUGUGACCAGCUCUAGAUGAGUGUAUAGUCAAACUGUACAAUGUUGUUCCAUUGUAUCCUGGCUCUUAUGGAGCUGCUCCUUUAACAGGCAUCUGAGGCCUGUGAAGAGACAAACAAUGUUAAACUGAGCGAUCUCACACAACCUCACUUCAGGCAUCCGGCUUCAGAGCCUGGAUUAGGAGUAUCAGCUUUUCAUAAAGAGCUAUUUUGGUGCACACAUGUGCCCUGACUCACCUUCUAAAGACCUCACUGACUAAGACCUUCAUUUGAACCUUCCAUGCAAGGAAAGUUGAGUUUCGGUUGCACUCUGGGCUAAAAAUUUUCUUAAUGUGUCAUUCUUGUAGGAAUUGCUUCCACAGAUCUGGGCUGCGCCCCUGCAAAGUCCUCUCUUGCAUGCACAAGCCAAUUCGACUUUGCUAGAGAGUGGUCAAGAGCAUGGAGCCCUUUGAGAUGACUUUUAAACUAACCUGGUCCAAAAGGAUAAGCAUUGAAAUGAGGGAUGUAAGAGGCAGGGAAGAUAGCUUGAAUUAUUGAUGAGAGGAAUGGCGUUGCCAUCUGUCUGGAGCAUGAUGCGUGUGGCGAUCCCGUUCAUCUCGGUGGUCGGCCUGCUAAGCGUGAGGCUUGUGGGGGCUGGCCAGGACUCCGGGAGCAUCAUUCCUGCAGAAAGUCGUCCCUGCGUUGACUGCCAUGCGUUUGAGUUCAUGCAGAGGGCGUUGCAGGAUUUAAAGAAAACGGCAUAUAAUCUAGACACACGGACAGAAACCCUCCUCCUGAGAGCAGAAAAGAGAGGCCUGUGUGAUUGCUUUCGUGCAAUACACUGAAAUGAGCACUGAGAUUUGACCAAUGGACAUUUAUUCAUUUUUUAAAUGCUGUUCAAUAAAUUACAAGAAGAUACAGAGUGCAAGUUGUGCCACACCACAAGGAAAACAAUUUUUAUCCAAACAGGUACAGCUCAGAUCAUUUUUGCUUUGAUGUGUUUUAUCAUUACUGUAUGCGAUAUUGCAUCUGCUGAAAUGUCAACAGAAUAAAUAGUGCCAAAGUCUCGCUCAUGGGUUUUAUGCAAGGAUAACAUCUUGCUUUUCUGGUAUUUCAAGCCAAAAAUUGUCUUUGGACUAUCAGGCCAACCCCACAGCACAUGUGAAUUGCCAUAGAUCUGUGAAAGUUACUGGAGUCAAAUUCUUUAAUAUAUUUAUGGUAGAAUGUAUCCCUAACAUGAAAAGGAAGCUACUUUGCAGUGAUGCAUAGCUAAACAUUUGCAAACAAUCAGUCAGAGCUUUAUAUAGAAAUUAGUAGUUGUCACUGACUGCUUGGCAAUCCAAGGAAGGUAUUUGUUCCCAGUUGUGUCAAUAGUCCAGUGCACAGCAAACACUGUAAUCUGUGUAUCACAAUUUUAAUUUCUUCAGAGCCACGCAGUAGCUGUGAUCUUUUUGGAGAGAUUUAUUAAGUAUCUAAUGUGAUCAGUAACAUUUGUAAUCACAUGAAUGCUGCCUGGCAAUUGAACGGAUUGCAUCUGCCAAAAUCUUCUGGAGAAGUGUCUUUCAUUAAGCAAAUCACAUACUGGAGUGAACCACUCAAACUGGCCUCUACAGAGAGUUUUGGCAGAGAGCCUACAAAAUGUCGGUGUGCUCAGGAGUCCCCUGCAAACUGUAUUUUGAGAAACAUUUAAGUUCUUCCAAAAUAGGCCAUAGAUCUUGCAUGGGCUUUACAGUCCAUAGUGGUGGGUUACACUGAUGAUACUAUUAAUAUUCCUGCUGCAGUCACUGUAAGACAAGAGAGAACAAACCAAUUUAGGCAGUGUAGUACUAGUAGUGGAGAAGAUUGCACCUUGUUACUCUUUGAAAAAGAAUAGCAAAUCCUUUCUCAUUGUUUUCCUUUCUUCCUUUGUUUUGGGAGCAGAGCAGAAGAUGGCCCCAGUGGAAUGUUCUUGUAGAUAAUAAUAUCUCUUUCACAGGGCUUAAAAUAUCAUCCCCAAACUAUAAUUAAUAGAAAUUUGUAUAUCAGCUAGAGCUUCUAUGUACAGUCUAGAAAUUUUUAUACAAACAAGAAUAUGGGAGAAGUAUCAGCAGCAGUGGUUUUCUAAGUAAUUUUACCAAUUCUUAUUAAUAUGUCUGUCUUCCCAUAAGUAGCUGAUAUUUUGCUGUCAGGAUGCUCAGUAAGUUAUGAUGGUAGCUAGCAGUAUGUUUCCAAACUGCUUCUCUCCUAUUUUGUCUACCACAUUAGGCACAGGGAAAUAGGGAACUGUGACCCAGUGCCACCUUGUUUUGUGUGCAGUCAUACUCAGUAACACAAAGGAGUGUAUUACCAUAUACUCUGCCAAAGUUGUUUGAAAGGCAUGUGACUCUCAGAAAGGAAAAGCUUCCUUGCACCUGCAUUUCAAGUAGGAAAUUUGCUUUGUCCUUUGUAAUAUUCUAUAAAAAAUCUUUAUAGGUCAUCAAGACCUAGUUUGUAUAAAAGAGAAGCAGCAAGCAGCAUGACACAGCAACACAUUGUUUCUAGUAGCAUAACACUCCACAGUAGCACUGGUAACUGACUGAUAGACAGUAUUUUGUUUUACAGAUAAAACGAUAGGUUUAACACAACCCCUUUGCAAAAUACCAGCCUUAGGUUACUUUACUCCCAGUUAGAUUUGAACCAAAGUCAUGCACAGAUUUUGAGUUGGCUUUUUGCAGGAGAUGGAGUUCCAGCACUGAACCUGUGAAUUUUCCAGCCCAGCUCACCUUUUCAGGGGGCAGCAUGUCUAUGGUUUUGUAUUGUUAAUGUGCAUGCUUAUUCUGAUGGUACCUUAAAGAAUCUUGCAAAGUUCUGUUGGCAAGCACUGUUUUCUUGGCUGUGUUUUUGUUUAGAAAAAUGGUUACUCACAGCUGAGUUUUGAUAUACGCAGCUUGUUUCCAUAAAAAGGUGGAAUGAAUGACAAAUGGAUGUUCUCUGACUCCCAAAGGGAUCAGAGUGACACUGCAACUUUACAGUUGUGAUGGCAUUGAUUAUUCUGUAUGUACUCGUCUGUCUAUAAUACAAUACAAUAAAAGGGCAAGAUGCAUUAUAGUA